AUGCCUCACAAGUCUUAUUCAAACACACAAAAAUCUGACUCAGCCGAUCAAGAAACAGUCAAUAGGGAGCUUAGAGCUAUCAAAACCGACUUAGCUCAACUUACCGACGUGCUUAACACUUUAGUUGCUUUGCAACAAAAAUACUACUCAACCUUGGGAGAGAUUAUCAGCUUCUCAAACAAACGGGCUGCAUCUCUGGAAAGACUUGCUGCAUCUAUGGAAAAACUUGCUGCAUCUAUGGAAAGACUUGCUGCAUCUCUGGAAAAACUUGCUGAGGUUGUUCAAGAACAAUCAAAGGAAACAAUAAAAGCCUUGAAGAAGAUUCAAGAAGGUUUCUUCUCCUCUUCAGGGAAUACUCCCAGUGCUCUCCAGCAGAUCAAUGACAAUCAUAAUGAUGAUAAAUUGGAAUUGAUCUAA